GGGGUACUUAAGACCACGUUUUACGGUCUUCAUGUAUUAAAUAUGUCUGCCAAUGUGCUUAAUAGCCAGAAAAGCCCAUUAUUUACUGUUCAAUCAGAUAAUGGAGAACUCUCCGAGGGAGAAACACUCGAAGCAUGUAAAGAAUGUCUUGAUUCGAAAUCUUCAUCUGAAUGGAAUGAUGUUAAAAAUAAAAAUUUGUCAAAUGGAGGUUAUCGGCGCAAGUAUGCACAUGAAGAUCCUCAAUCAGCAACUUGGGCUAGACAUAGAAAACAUUUUUUUAUUCUGAGUAGCGCGGGAAAACCCAUAUAUACACGAUAUGGAGAUGAAUCAAAGAUAUCAAGUUACAUGGGCGUAAUUCAAACAAUCGUUUCUUUUUUUGCGAAUGCUAAUGAUUCUCUAAGGUGCAUUAAUGCCGGACAACAUAAAUUUGUUUUUUUACUUAAAGAACAUUUAUAUCUGGUCGCGGUUUCACGGACAAAUGAAUCUGAAUCUCAGUUGAGAGAUCAGCUGAAUUAUUUAUAUAAUCAGAUUCUGAGUGUUCUGACUUCUACACAAUUGACAAAAAUUUUUGAACAAAGAAUUAAUUUCGAUUUACGGAGACUUUUGGGAGGAACUGAGAUAUUUUUGGACCAUCUCGCGACAUGUAUGAGUGAUGAUCCUGGCUUUAUACUUGGUUCAAUUCAGUGUGUGCGAAUGAGCAAAGAAUUACGGGAUAAAGUCGGCGCGGCAAUGCAACUUGUAAAGUCAAAGGAUCUUUUAUAUGCCAUGUUGAUAACAAAUAAUAAAUUGAUUACUCUGCUACGACCUAGAAGAUAUAGUCUUCAUCCAGCAGAUCUUCAUCUAGUUUUUAACAUGAUAAAUGGGUCUUCAACAUUUAAAUCAGCCCAAACAUGGACACCUAUAUGCCUUCCAAAAUUCAAUAGCAAAGGUUUUCUGCAUGCAUAUGUUUGUUAUAUUACCACUAAUGUGUGCCUACUGUUGAUUUCGCCGGAUCACGAAAAAUUCUCUGUGUUGUCGGAAGCAAAAUUGAAAAUCACAGAGCAACUCUCAUCCACAAAUGCACUUAAGGAUUUGGAAAAUGCCACUCUGAAUGACAGAUAUUCCAUUGCGGACGUCGGUAUACAGGGUCUUCGCCAUUUUAUUUAUAAGGCCAAACAACAUGUACAAUACACCUCACCUGAAUUUGCCAAACCCUACAAUACUCCACGUGAAAAACGAAAAUUAUUCAAGCUAUAUCGAUACACUCACGAUCGUAUGCACUUGCGGAUACGACCACUUAAGGUCUAUUAUUACGUGAGCUCAAGUGAAACAAUUCUCGGAUGGAUUACCGCAAGCUUUGAACUAUACGCAGCUUUUGAACCUAUGGUAUCAAAGUCUGCAAUGAUUGCUUCAGCUAAUGGGUUGUUACG